CGCCGCGCCCCCGCGCCCCGCCCGCCCCCGGCAGCAGCAGCAGCGGCAGCGGCAGCCUCAGCACCUCCGCCAGCUCCUCCAGCAGCUCCAGCGGCAGCACCAUGGACCUCUCCUUCAUGGCCGCGCAGGUGCUUCCUGUUAUGGGAGGAGCCUUUAUGGACUCACCCAACGAGGACUUUAGUACAGAGUACUCCCUGUUUAACUCAUCAGCCAACGUCCAUGCAGCCUCUUCCAUGCAGAAUCCACCAGAAGAGACAUCCCGUUCUUCAAAUGAUGCCAUAUUGUUAUGGAUUGCAAUAAUAGCAACAAUUGGAAAUAUUGUGGUUGUGGGAGUGGUGUAUGCCUUCACCUUCUAGGAUGACUGUCACUACAAACACUGGAAGAAAGGAAAACUUCAACAGUAUUUGUCAUGUGUAUGUAUGUAUGUAUGUGUGUAUAUAUACAUGUAUAGCUAUAUAAAUACAUAUAGUAGAGACUUUGUUGAUUAAGUGCUGCCACGGUCAUUGGAAUGAAAUGCAAGUUAAUCAUGUUAAGUCUUGAUGGCAGAAAGUUUGGAUGCAAGUUGUGUGGAGGUGAGAGCUUUAUUUGAGAGCAGAGCCAAUACCAGUUUUGUAUAGAAAUGUAAUAAAAGAGAGAUCAACUUGGGUAUAGUAAAUACAGAGAGAUAUUUAUAUAGAAAGUGCUUAUUUUCUACUGUAGAUUUUUCUAGCAGCUCUUCUGCAGUGUGUCAGCUCUUUUGGUUUUUUUGUGCAUUUUUUACUGUGGUAUAAUGUUGUAUGGAAUUGUUCCAGGUCAUGUUUUUUGGACAUCUUAAUUUCCUAGAUGGACCAAGUGGUUGGCAUUGGCUUGGUUCUGAUGAAGUCCAAGUUCAUCAUGUGUGAGUCUUCAGCAUGGCCAUAGACUCCUGGGCUGUGUUCAAAAUCCUGAGUCUUAGAGCCAUGACGGGCAGAUGCAGGCUGUCUAUUACUUGCCUUCCAGUAACAGUUACUGGAGCUGAUAAUCAAUAAAGUGAUGCUGAACCUGUCUGCUGUUUGGGAGGAGGCAUAGCUAUUGCUGCUCUGCAGACCCUCCGCAUUUCAGAGGAGGAAAUGAUAAACAGAGCAGCAGCACAAGGUCCUAUUUCUGUCUAGAGGUACUGGAUUGCUGUGGUUUGUAUAUGUGUCCCUUCCAGGAAACAAAAGCCUAAUACCACACUUUUCAUCUCAUUUGACUGCAAUCCAAAUUUCUUACAGCAGCUUUGUACUUUCAUAAGGUUAUUAAUGUAUUGAAAGAAUGAUGGGGAAAUUGUGAAGCCUAAUUAAUAGUGAAUAUGUGUAUGAGAAAGAUAAAACGGAAAGAAAGGUUGGGCACUUCUGUGCUCAUGAGGGGGUGAAUUCAAGAGUCACAUAUGUCCUGGGAUAGGAACUACACAAGAAAAGUAGUAACUGUCAGAUGUGCAAGUACUUAUAUCUCAGUAUUAAUGUAUCUCUGGGUGGGAGUCCUGGAAGUGAUUUUUUUAUAGCUGGAUUUAGGUAAUGAUUCUGAUUAUGCUUUGGAUUUGUUCCACUGAGAGGCAACAUUUUUACUGCACUUUUUUCAUGGGCAGUUCAUUUUCAAGAGCUGUAUCUUUUCAACACAAGCUGUAGCCUUCUUUGCUUGAGAGAUUAUAAAAUCUUGAGAAAAGAAAAAAAGAAAUGGAAAUCUUCCUCUUCCCCCUUAAAAAUUAAACGUAAAUACAUAAAAUGUAUGCACUUUGAGAGCAGCAGACAAAUUCUUCUUCUAUGUCUGCAUGUACUGUCUAGGCUUUCUGUCUCAUAUAGCUACUACCCUACUUCCAGAAAGCCUUGUCUGCAGAGACUAUUUUUGACACUUGCCUGCCACUGAGCUUGAGGCUGGGCUAAGAGCUGCUGAGUGUAUAGAGAGGUUUGGAUUUUCCUCUUUUCUCUUUAAACCCAUUUUCCUGUAGGGCUGGUGGACAGUUACUUGAGUCAAAGCAGCAUGCCCCAAAUGAGUAUUUAUAACCACUCAGCAGUCACUGUGUGUACUUUUUCCCUCUCUAUGAACUGUCCUUUAAAGCUAGGAAAGAUGCAAACAGAGCUAGCAGUGGAGAGAAAAGAAAUUCGGUUAUUUUGAGACUGAGAAAAACAAUUAUGAGCUUCUGUGUUUGUUGUUAUUUCCCCUUCUGGAGGAAGGAUUUUGUGAAGAUGGUUGAGGACAGACAAGACCUGUACUGGGAAAAAAGUUUGAGAAACCCAGUUCUGGAAGAUCAGAGGGAAAGAAAGGUAAUUCUGUCUAAUAAAAUAGCUGUAGUCUUAAGAAUGAUAGAAAAAUUAUGAUUUUCAUUUCCUAAAAUAGUUAUUAAUUCCUUCAUAGCCAGAGGACAAUGAAAAGCAGGGGAGCUUGAAUGGUGUACCCUGUCUGUUUUUGCUUAUUCUUGCUAAGCAGAAAGGAAGCGGUUGGAAAGCUGCAGAGAAGUUUCCAAAGCAGAUUUGAGCAGGAGAAGUUGUGAACAUGCAGGACCAUGAAAAUAUUGUUUAAUGUAAUGUACUGUCUCCAACCAUUUUCUGAUAUUCUGUUGCCUUUGUAAUUGUAUCAGUUGCUCGUGGGCUUCUCUUCAUUGUUCCUGCAGGCUGUCUAGUUAGGCCAGAUCCUGCAAGCGUUUUUGCAUAAAGAGCAAAACAUUUCCACCAUGACUAAAACCAGUUUGACACAAUGGUACUUGCCCAGUGGGAUUAUUCUGCUGCCUAAUGUAUUUGCCAGUGGAGUUCUUUGCUUGUAUUGCCUAGAAUAUUAAUCUUAGUGCAAUUAGCAAUGUUUGCAUCUCUCUCCCAGAGCACUGGACUAAACUCAUUAACCUUGAAGAAAAGCAUCAGAGUGGGAGCAGCAAAGAACCACUAUUCUACUAAUGAAACCAAGUGACACUUUUUGUGUUGCUUUUCCUAAAGAAAAUGCCCUACUUUCAUGUGGAAUUGAUAGUAGUAGCAGGAGUGUUGGAAAACAAUGAGUUCUAUCUCCUGCCUCCAGAUCAUCAUCAUACAUAUUUUCAUCGUUAGAGGCUGUGUUGUCAAGAAGGGCUGGACAAAACUUUAAUUUAAGUAAUUGGCUUGACAGGGUGACAUGGCCAGCUGGCUGCAAGCAGCAAGUGCAGGCAUUUCCUGCCUCACAGUUAAAUUGCCCACUAACUGUACAGCUUCUCUGUCAGGAGAAAAAGUUAGUUUUAGGAUGCAGGUACAAGGAUGCUUCUUGUGAGGGUCUGUGUGGAAUAUUGUCACGUGUAUUGAAGAUCCCUAAAUUGCAGUGGCCAGAGCUGGUUCAAGUUCUGAUCUACUUUGAUAGUGACAAUAUGCACGCUAUGUUUCUGGAUGUUGUGUUCUGGCUUCGUCCACUACAACCACGUCUCUCUUCUGGGAGGUUAGGGAAAGUUUAAAUUAAACCAUUGAAAAAGGGGACUAAUCCAUCAUUAAGCUCAGAGAAGCCACAGAGGGGAAUGGAGAAGUGGCUGAUGUUUCACAGGUAUGGUCCUGUGAAAUAUGUUGCCUCUUGAACUGUCAACACAGCUUGGCUUGGAGCACUGUACCUUCUCCUUUCUUUGGAGCCAGGCAGCUGGAUAAUUGCUGUCACUCACUGAGGAGUGAUGAGGAAGCCCAAACACAUUCCCCAGAGCUGUUUUCUGAAGCCUUUCUGUAAAAGAAGAGGGUUCUGUGCUUUGCUGAGCACUUUGUGUAUCAGCCUGAGAAAGGAUUCCUCUUGUAGAACAUCAGUGCUUCAAUUAAAAAUGUCUAGCACAGACAGCAGUUAGAAAAUCCUGAUUGGAAUUCAUUCUGUGGUAGGCAAAGCAAACCAUUUUAUACAUGCUCUGCCUCUAGAGGUGUUUAACCUCCAGCUCUGUUGUGCAACAUCAUCAUACAAACACAAGAAGCAACUUUGCCCUGCAAAGUUAUCAAUGAGCCAUGGGAAGCAGGAAGACAAACUGAGGUGCCCUAAUGAUUCUCUUUUAGCCAAGGCCUCUAGGGAUCUAUGGCAACAUACCAAAUAAUCAAACUCCCUCUAAAGAAUUCUUUUUUUCUCAAAGCAGCCAGCAGCUCAACACAGCAGCUGUGCAGCCACUACAGCAGAGAGACUAAAGGCUGAACAAUUAUUCAGGUGGGUGCAACGGCACAUUAGAAAGGAGAACUGAAUGGGCAAGCCCACACAGCUAUUCCUGUUGUAUUUUUAUCUGCAAGUAGGAGUCUGGGCUUGCCCGCAGCAUUAAUACCGUGCAUUUCUGUGUCAACACACUUGCAAAACUGAAAAACUAAUUUUGAAACUGAUGCAAUAGUAGCAGAGAGACUCAUCUGCUACAAACAAUGUAUUUAGUCUUUUCAGUGGGCAAAGGAGAUCAUAUAUAUCUCAGAAGUAAUGAGAUCCCCGCUCCAAAAUCCUCACUUCCAAUGGGACUUGAGGGCAGUCAGCAUCCCACCCAGUUGCUGAGCAGCCUGUAAUAACCAACCCCAAAUCAAGAGUGGAUUGAAGCAGCCAGCCAUUAUAGUCUUACCCUGCAAACCCAUUUGAAAAUAAAGGAAAAAAUACACCUUUGUGUCUGGGACCAAAUGAAAACAGGAGUCUGUAGUCUAUGGGUUGUUAUGUAUUUUGUCUAUUAUUAAAAGCUUUCGUUUUGCUAUUCCCAAGCAAUUCCAGUUGUUAAUAUCCUCUUCAUAUUUCUCUGCAGGCUGCUGAGAGUUAUUAAUUUCAUGUAGCACUGUCCAUUUAUCCAGUGUAAUUUGACUGAGUUUCCUGUGGCUAAUCACAGAGUAGAAUCUGGAAAAUUGCUCUUUUUAAGGGUGAUUUCCAUUUGAGAUAAACAGACUAAAGAUCAGAAUCCCAGAUCAAAAUGUGUCUGUGCUGUUGGAACAUUCAGAGCUCUGGAGAAUUGGAUUUCAUGUGGUUAAUGCGCAGGAAGGAAAGAGCAGUGAGGUCCCCGGUGAUAAUGUCAGACAUGAGGGUUCUGACAGGCAGAGCUGAGCAGUUCAUUAAUUGCUGCUGUGUCCCUCUGAGCCCCGCUGGCUUCCUGGACACACAGCCAGAGCUGGGUGUAAGUGACCUAAACCACCAGGUACAGCACGUCCCUCCUCACCUCACAGCCUGCUAAUCCUCAGGGAAACAAGCACAUUGGUUCCAUUCACAGAAGGGGCAGAGAUCAAUAUUCUGUUAGCUAUAUUGUUACUGGUACAUUGUUCAGUCACCAUAAGGUCAAAAUACGGGUGACUUAAUGUGUAUUUAGCCCUUUACCCCUCAUCUGAGAACAUCCUAAAGCAGUCAAGGCAUCCUGAGCCUUGAAGGCUCCUACUGCCCUUAAUCUGACACUAACUUUUUGUGUUUUCUCAUACAGCCCAUCUUUGCCUUUUACCUUGUCUUUCCAGCUCAAGACAGGGAAAAUGAAGUUGCCACUAUUCUCUGGAAACGUAGGGAGCUCCUAACAGCUAUGGACCAGCCAUGUCCCAUUUUAGUUUGGGGUCCUUCAGGCACAAAGAAGGAGGAAAUUGUCCAAUUACCUACUUAAGAGAUUCCAGGGGAAUAUUUGCCUUUGCAGAACAAAAUGCAUGACAAUUUUAUCUCAUUGUGACCCUUCCCAGAGCAUUUACACUGAAACAACGUGACCAGAUCUACUUUUGCUGGUUUGGAAAUUACACCAACACAGCCAGGAACUGGAAACGAAACCCCUGAUAACACAAACGUGUCACAAUCAUCUCAAGGACGUGUCUCUGAAGGCAGGUUUUCCUGAGUGACAUAGGCAGACUUGAGCUGUUGGUAGCAAGGCAAGUGCCCUUUUGUGUGAGCACAAAUAGUCUCCUCUUUGGGAAGUCUUGGGACCAUUGUGCCACCCAUUCUGUCUUUCCCAGGCUACUAUUUUUGGUUAUGGAAAAUACUCAAAAAGCUUCCUGUGUUGGUAGAAUGCAUAUAAGAUUUACCUCUCAAAGCUCUGCUUAGUCUUCCUGCAAAAGCAAAAACUGCCCUAUUUUCUUAAGCAUGGAAUGCUAAUGAGUCAAGUAUCAUCUGUACAGUAGCAUUGUCUCAUUUUAAUCUUCAGGUUUUUUGCCAGUAGGUCUCAAAGGAGAUCUUACUAUUAUCCAGACUUUAAAGAUGCUGAGAACAGAAACAAGCUAGAGAAUCACAGAAUGUCUCCAAAGCCACUGCCCAAUCCUUCAUGUUGUAUCAUUCCUCAUUCCUCCCCAUAUUACCCUGAUACGAACUCACAUCCAUCUCUUUAAACUCCCUGUUACCAUCACAUUGUCUCUAUACCUUCAUUUUAUUCCUCCCCUUGUCUUGUCUGUAUUCUUUUCAUUCCCUGGUAUCAGAGCAUAUGAGCAUUUGGAAGCCAGCAGUGUUCUUCAGGCCUUGUUAGCCAGCUCCUUGAUUGACCUCUGAGGGUAAGGUUAGUGAUCAGUAAGGACAUUGCACAGUGAGGGCAAAAAACAGUGACACAAGAUCUCUUCUUGGGUAAAAAUCUUAAUCAUUAUCUGCCUUAGCAAACCACAAAGUGUUUCCCCUAAGCUGAAGAGCAAGACUUGGCCAUGAAGCUUGAUAACUGUGUUGUCAGUAUCCAUACAAUGUGAAGUUACCUUUCAAAAAUUCGGAUUUUAUAAAUACACUGCAUUGUUCUGCAGCCAGCAUUUACUGAGCUUUUCCCAACCCAAAGUCCUUUUUUUUUUAGCAGUCAGUGGUAAUGCUCUUGGGGUAAGUGAGGGCAGUGGGAGUGGGCCGUAAGGAGAAUAGAAAAGCUCCAUGUGAUUUACUGUGAGGUCAGAGCCAUUAAAGAGCAGCCUAUUCAAUAAAGAAAACAGCCACAAUGUGCUAAGCCAUUUCAAAUCUAGGCACACCUGCAGUUCUCGGAUGCACAGCCAAGCUGCAAUAGCCAGAUUGAGCAUUUAGAAAUCUCAUUGUGACCAGAAGAAAGUGCAUUCUUUUGCCAGAACUGAGGGAGCUAUGCAGCCUUGUGUUCUGGGAGCUUCCUGAACUGCAGCCAUUACGGUGAUACCGCAUUUCCUGAGGAGUUCACUCCCACUAAUGAACAAAUAAGAUUGAACUGUUUCAGGUCUAGGCCUAAAACUACUCUCAGUUGCUGCCUUCAUAAGGAUGAUCAAAGUUCCUGAGCCUGCACGCUGCUCUAUCCAGAGGGACCUUUGCCUCCACCUGGAGUCAACUGCAUUAAUAACACUUCUAUACUUCUGACAUCUGCUUCACUGGUUCAGUUUGCAGGACUAGCUGUGGGUUGCUGGGGCUUUAUUUUAAAUGUAAAGAUGUCUGUAAUUUCGUAAACAAAAGCAAGAAAGAAAGCAGAAUGCUGUAUUUUUUUAAAUGAGAAGGUAAUAAAACCAAGUCAAAAUAUUUUGAUAGAUAUGUUGGAAGGAUAUAUAAUAUAGCAAAUAGUUGCACUAUUUUUUCCUAGUAUGAGUACCUAACCUGAGAAAUAUUUGUUUUUUCUCUAAGUCUUCUUCCAGUUCUGAAGUUGAGAAGUUUAGAAGGAGUGGAGUACAAAGUCUCAGUGAAAUGUGAAGCCUAUGUAAAUAAAUCUGGUAGUUGGCUUUGUGAGGUAGUCUGUUACAUUUGUUUUUCAGUUAUCUCAAAUACUGCCUAAUUAUUUGGGAGUUUUUUCCCAAAGAUAAGCUAAAUAAUGACUCUUCUGAAAGCAUCUGUGCUUCACACAAAGUCACAGUCAUGGAAAUUACAUCUUCAGUUCAUGUAAAGCAGCUUUACAGGAGCCCUUUAGUAUGCACUGUUACUUUUUCUUAAUAAUCCUGGGCAAUUUAAUUCUCUUGUGCUUUCUCUCUGCUACCGUGUUUUGUACACUAUCAGGUUGGCAGGGAUUCUGUGUAUUGUUUUUGUAAUACAUGGGUUGGUUUCUAGAAAAACCUUUACUGUUGUAAUUGUUCUUGAAUUGUGGAGUUCUAUCUGUAAAGAGGAAGACAACUUUGAAAUGCCCUCUGCUUUCUCCAAUUUUACUGUAAUUAGUAAGUUUUGUUAAGAGAUAUGGCUUCUUUUAAGCUCCUGUUAUGUUCUUUUCCAGUUAUUGACUGCUUUCACUGUGUGUGUACUUAGUACUGGUUCAUUCCUUUACUAUGGUAAAAAUGACAAGUUUUGUUAAUAUCAGAUGGAAAUUGUGGUUUUGGAUAAAGUUCUUCAAAUUGA